UGUUGUUUGAAUACACGUGCAUUGCGAUUUUAGCGGAAAGUUAAAUUAUUUAUAAAUAAAUAUAUAAUUAAAGUUAUUAUGGCAAAAAAGGCUGCGAAAAGAAAAGGAAAUGCUGAUAAUACAAAUUUAAAAGAAUCAAAUAAAACAGAGCAAAUACAGUCAGAAGAUGAAAACGCAAGCGAAGAUGAUUUAUUGCAAAAAUUUGAAAAUAUGGAUGCAGAUAGUUCAGAUGAUGAGGGUAUCGAACAAAACCAUAAUUCCGAUGAUAGUGACGAGUUAGAAUUUGAAAGUGAUGAUGAAGGUAAUUAUAUGUCAAAAAACAAAACAGAGGCGCAAGAAGAAUCCUCUAGUGAGGAUGAUAUCGAUGAGGCAGACAUUGAAGAUGUUUCCAGUGAUGACAAUAAUACAGAAGAAGAUGAAGACAACAGUUCAGCAAUAAAUGAAGAAAACUCUAAUGAAAGUGAUAAUAAUUUAAAUGAUCUAAAAUCAGCUGCUGAUGCGGAUAGUGAUAAUGAUGAACCUGUUGCUGUGUCUAAAAAAGAAAAAAGCAAUUUAAAACAGAAAGAAAAACAACAGCAACAAAAACAGCAAAAGAAGAAGAAGACUAAAGCUGUUAAAAAUGCUAAUCAUCCAUCAACGAGUAAUAGCACAGAAAUUGAAAGCAGUGAGACAACCAUUGGCACUACAACAACUUCGCAAUUGCCUCCAAUAGUUCAACGAAUAUUACCAGAAUAUGAGAAUUCAGAUACCUCUGAUGAAGAAGAUAUACGCAACACGGUAGGUAAUAUACCAAUGCAUUGGUAUGAUGAGUACAAACACAUCGGUUAUGACUGGGAUGGCAGGAAAAUAGUGAAACCGCCAAAAGGUGAUCAAAUUGAUGACUUCUUACGUAAAAUUGAAGAUCCAAACUUUUGGCGCACUGUCAAAGAUCCACAAACUGGACAAGAAGUGUUGCUUACAGAUGCUGAUAUUGACCUGAUAAAGCGUAUCAAUUCAGCACGUGUGCCAAAUCCAGAACACAAUGAAUAUGAACCUUGGAUCGAGUGGUUUACGUCUGAAGUGGAACGUAUGCCUAUUAAAAAUGUGCCCGAUCACAAACGUUCGUUUUUGCCAUCGGUAUCAGAGAAGAAAAAAGUUUCACGCAUGGUGCAUGCUCUAAAAAUGGGUUGGAUGAAAACUACUGAGGAAGUAGAACGUGAAAAACAAGCGAAACGUGGUCCUAAAUUCUAUAUGUUAUGGGAAACUGAUACUGGUCGUGAGCAUAUGCGUCGCAUACAUGACCCAGUUUCUGCGCCGAAACGUGAUUUACCUGGACAUGCUGAAUCUUACAAUCCACCUCCAGAAUAUCUUUUCGAUGAAAAGGAACAAAAAGAAUGGUUAAAAUUGAGAGAUGAACCACAUAAACGUAAAUUGCAUUUUAUGCCACAAAAAUAUACUUCAUUGCGUGCAGUGCCCGCAUAUCCACGUUAUUUACGUGAACGUUUCCUACGUUGUUUGGACUUGUAUCUGUGUCCGCGUGCUAAGCGUAUGAAGUUGAGUAUUGAUGCUGAAUAUUUGAUACCUAAAUUACCAUCACCAAAAGAUCUGCAACCAUUUCCGACAGUCGAGAGUAUGGUAUAUCGUGGUCAUACCGAUUUGGUGCGUUCGAUCAGUGUGGAACCGAAGGGAGAGUAUAUUGUAUCGGGUUGCGAUGACAAAACUGUUAAAAUUUGGGAAAUUGCAACUGGACGUUGCAUACGCACCAUUCAAACUGAAGAUGUUGUACGUUGCGUGGCUUGGUGUCCCAAUGCCAAGUUAUCAAUUAUCGCCGUUGCUACUGGUAAUCGUUUGUUACUUAUUAAUCCCAAAGUCGGUGACAAUUUGAUUGUUAAAAAAACUGAUGAUCUACUAAGUGAAGAGCCGAAAAAUGAACAAUUGGAAUCUGAGCGUAUUAAAAAUGCCGUACAAUGGGCAACAGCUGAUUCAGCUGAACAAGAAAAAGGUGUACGUGUGGUUAUAACACAUUUUAAACCUAUAAGACAAGUCACUUGGCAUGGACGUGGUGAUUAUCUAGCUACAGUUAUGCCCGAAGGUGCUAAUCGCUCUGCUAUCAUACAUCAGUUAUCAAAGAGGCGAUCUCAAAUACCAUUUUCGAAGAGUAAAGGUCUUAUACAGUGUGUACUUUUCCAUCCCAUCAAGCCUUGUUUGUUUGUGGCUACUCAACAUAAUAUACGCAUAUAUGACUUAGUCAAGCAAGAACUGGUCAAGAAAUUACUUACCAAUUCAAAAUGGAUAUCAGGCAUGAGCAUACAUCCUAAAGGCGACAACUUGCUUGUCUCAACGUAUGAUAAGAAAAUGCUUUGGUUUGAUUUGGAUCUAUCUACUAAACCCUAUCAAACUAUGCGUUUGCAUAAAAACGCUGUACGUAGUGUCGCUUUCCAUUUACGUUAUCCACUAUUUGCUUCUGCUAGUGACGAUCAAUCGGUCAUUGUAUCACAUGGCAUGGUCUAUAAUGAUUUGUUACAAAAUCCAUUGAUUGUGCCAUUGAAAAAACUACAAACACACGAAAAGAGAGAAGAAUUUGGUGUACUUGAUGUUGUGUGGCAUCCAGUUCAACCUUGGGUAUUCUCUACUGGUGCCGAUGCUACAAUUAGAUUGUAUACAUAAAGUGAAGAUGUGAAGGGCUUAGUGUAGCAUUAUAUAUGUUUUAGCAUAUAAGUUAGUAUAUCCAAAAGAAAACUAGUUAAAAAUUAAUUCCGGAUACUUUAAUUCAUCUAAUUUCAACUGUAAUUUGUUUAUGCUCGUUGUAAAUGUAGCAGGGCUGUGAACCAGACGAGAACUGAAUGGUUUUGAACCGGAACUUUCAAACUACGAGUAUAAAUGAAACAAACUACGCACCGUACCAAUGUUGCUUUACAAAUUAUGCUUAAAAUCACUGUUGCUAAAAGUUUUUCAAUUGAACUGAAAUAAAGAAGUAUCGAUUUACUAAAUCGAACUACUUCAGCAAUAUGUGCGAUUCACGGCUCUGAAGUUUAGCACUUCUAACAGCUACUGUUUGCUUAUAUUGAGUUUAUGGAAAACAUGAGAGCCAGUAUAAAUAAAACUAAAAUGCAACAUAUUUGAAUUCUAGCAAUGUUAAUAUAACAAAUCAAUUGUCAAUAAAAAGUAACUAAAACUGUAUAUAUUCAAAUUCCUUUUAUAAACAAAUUGUA